UACUUGCGAAGUUCGCCUGGAUUUCCAGAUUCUGAAGGCAAAAAUCGCCACUAUGGAAGAAGCACGAUCUGAUUCUGCAUCACAAAUCGGCAUUACGCUCGAAGAAUGGAACGGUUCUUCUUCCACGAAGCUCUUCAGAACGGCAACCAUCACUGCCUCCUCUUCUCUCUCCAUCCACAGGUCUGCUAAUCGAUUCAACCAUGUCUGGAGUCGAGUUCUUCAAGCAUUUGUACCCGAGGGUUUUCCUGGCAGUGUAACUCCUGAUUAUACCGGCUUUCAAGUAUGGGACACAUUGCAGGGACUAUCGACUUAUAUAAGGAUGAUGCUUUCGACCCAAGCUCUCUUGAGUGCAAUUGGGGUUGGUGAGAAGUCAGCCACUGUGAUCGGUGCUACAUUUCAGUGGUUCCUGAGGGACUUUACAGGGAUGCUUGGAGGUAUAUUGUUCACAUUUUAUCAGGGUUCAAACCUCGAUAGUAAUGCAAAAAUGUGGCGUCUGGUUGCUGACCUUAUGAACGAUAUCGGAAUGCUGAUGGACCUUCUUUCCCCCUUGUUUCCAUCUGCCUUUCUGGUUAUAGUAUGCCUAGGGAGCUUAUCGAGAUCAUUUACUGGUGUUGCAAGUGGAGCGACUAGAGCAGCUCUAACUCAGCACUUUGCGCUCCAAGAAAAUGCAGCAGACAUAUCCGCUAAGGAGGGGAGCCAGGAGACAAUGGCAACAAUGAUGGGCAUGGCACUAGGAAUGUUGCUGGCUCGGAUUACCACUGGAAACCCUUUAGCUAUUUGGUUAUCAUUUCUUUCGCUUACUAUGUUUCACAUGUACGCAAACUACAGAGCUGUCCGGUGUCUUGUACUGAACUCAUUGAACUUCGAGAGGAGCUCCGUUCUUCUACAGAAUUUCAUGGAAACCGGCCAAGUUCUCUCCCCCAAACAGGUUUCCUCAAUGGAGCAUGUAUUGCCCGUGUGGAUCACGUCGGUAAGGUCAAGUAAUUUGAAGUUAUUGCACAGAAGGGUACAAUUGGGUGUAAGAAUUUCUUCGCUUCCUCGCCAACAAAUGAUGCUGCUGCUGAAAGGUGCUGGGGAUUCAUACAAGAAAGACAAGUACUUAUUGGUUCACAGAAAGGGAAACGUUAGUGUGAUCCUUCACAAAGAUUCAGCGGCCACGGAUGUGUUACAGUCGUAUACUCACGGCCUCGUUUUGGCGAAUCUUAUGGACGGAAGCAAGGAUUUGUAUUCAGAAGGGCAGUCAUGGAUGGAUAAACACUAUGAAGAAUUUCUAGAGAAGAUGAAGAGAGCGGGUUGGAAAACAGAGCGUCUACUCUCGCCUUCCAUUACGUGGAGAGCAAGUUGGAUCUCUCAUACUUGUGACGGAAAGAUUGAUUAGAGUGAUGAUAUGAUGAUCUCUUUUGCUUUGGUAUGGCCUCUUACUGGAUUUCUUAGUUUUUUUCCUGGUUUUGGUGCUUGAGCUCUCACCAACCAUAACCCCAAAUUCCUUACUUUAUCAGCUGUAGAUUUCCAUAUGAGCUCUCUGACAUUUUGCGUAUGUGUAUAUGCUUCUCUC